AUGCCAAUAUGUCAUCAUUUGACGGAACGACAGGAGUCUUUACUUCUGACGGUUUGGACCCAAGUCGUUCUGACCUUUGCCAGAGACAGGUCAACGCCGUUCUGGCGGCCAUUUGUCGUAGAAAUCACAGUUGAAAGCAGGCCGAACGAAGAAAUCGAGAGAAGAAGAUGGCGCGUCUGGGGCCGCAGCUGUAAUACGCAACCCAUCUACUGCCCAAUCGCCAGUUUUUUUUUUCUUCUCAUCCCUAUAUUUUUGUGUCUAUUUCCGUUCGAAUAACUUGAUUCCCAGUUGGUUGUACUUAUAAAUUGCACUCUUAUAGGACGUUCUUUUCUCGAUAUUUUCCAGUUUUUUCCUGAAAUUGUUUUCCGCAGUAAGGCAACUUCAAGGUGAGAACUUGCGGCGAAGUUCUGAUGAAUGAUAUGGCUGAAGUACAUCUUAUUAGGGCAGAUGUGAUGAAUCGUUUUGGAAUGGAGAAAAAAAGAUCUAGGAAUAUUUGAAACAGUGCGCGGUUGCUGGCCUCAAGGUCAAUAGCCGAUCUUAUCUGUCGGAGUUCUUGACAUGUGGCACAUUCAAAGAAGUUCUUCUGAAAAGGAAAAAAAACACUUCAAAAGAGAUAUUAUCGAAAAAGUUUGAAGUUCAGAGCAUUCCAAGUGAAAAACAGGUUCAACCGAUGGUGUGAUCGGACAGUUUCAACAGAUAUAAUAAUAUGUUUGGAAAUCUCCAAAAAGCAUGAACGAUUAGUGAAACGAGUUUUGGCCUGCUGAAGAGAAAAAGUUGAGAUUCUAUUCGUUUUAAUAAAAUCUCCUUAAGCCCCCUUGUUGUAUUUGAAGCCUGCAUUGUUGCUUUUUUGAGUUUUUUGUGAUCCACCGCAAUGUUCUAUUUUCAUUGAAAAAUUUCUCAUUUUUUUCUAUUUCUUUUUGUGCUUUCAUGACCCUUAUCGAAAAACCAAAUUUUAGGCAAAAUGAACCGAUUACUGCUGCUCCUAGCAGUGGCAGCCUCGACACUAGCAUGUCCAGAAUUUUGCAAAUGUCGAGAAAAAGUUGUCGAUUGCAGUGCCAAAAGUGAGUUUUUAAUUCAUCAAGCCUGUUUCCUCGAAAAUUCAAAAAGUUUGCGUUUUCAUUCUGGUUUUAAAUUUUUUCUGAGAUUACUAGUGAGCAUGAAAAACUACCGUAAUUUUUUUAUAUGAACACUUUCUUCGAAAAUAAAAGUCACCCAAAGGAUUAUGCGUAAAUUUGAACUCAUUAUUUUUUAUAAGUUAGAAUUUAUCGUAACUAUUAUUUUUUUAUCGCAAAAAUACCUGAAAAACACGAGCUCCACAGGAACUUUUUUGGAGUUAUUCUCAGAAAUAGAUUACCGUAUUUAACAAAACUGAUGAGGUAUUUCAAGCCUUCUGUGUUGAUAAUUUGGAGUUUUAAUUAAAGCAGAACGAUAUUUUUUUGCCUUUUUUCCGUGAACUGGAAAAAAUCUCAUUAAAUUGAGAUAAAAGAGUAUACUGUAAUCUAAAUAUAACGUCUGACGUAAAACAAGGUUCUCUCCAUGUGCUAAAAAAAUGUAUGGCCUGGGAAAAUAUUUGGGAAGAUCGGAGAAAAAUAUGUAAGGAAAAUACCGAGAUCACUCAGGUCAUUUCUUACCUGUUGAAGUACCGACAGAGCCAUUUGAAAGCCUCGAAAAAAGCCAUUUUGAAGAGAAGUCAAAAAGUUUGAGGUGUCUUUGCAGUAUUUUUCUUUGCCGACUAGAGUAUAAAACCGUGAAGGCUAGAGAGAAGAGAGCGCAGACACUUCAGAUUAUUUGAAGACAUGGUGGAUGGGUUAUGGUUCUGAUAAAACAAAAAAAAUGAACCUCGAAAAAGGGAAUUUCAGGCCUGAGCAAGCUGCCGAAGUCCUUGCCGACCGAAGCGACAACACUUCUCCUGACUGGGAACAACAUCAACGGAUUACGAAAGGAAGACCUUCGGCCCCUGCGGAAGCUCGAAAUCCUUAUCGUCCGCAACAACAACAUCCAGUACAUCGAGGAGGUGGGAUUACAAAGAGCAAAGAAGAAAUUGAAGCAAGAAAAAUAAACUGACGUUCGGAAACGAAGCCAUUUUGACAGUUAUUUUGGGGUUGCGUUCCAUGGAUGUUGAUCUCAAUCUCCAUGAAACAACUUUGAAUUGACAAUGCCCUGUAGAAAAUUUGAAAUAGUACUUGAACAACUUGUAUAACCUACGAGGAAGAAAAAUAAUAAAAAGAAAAAUUUAAAUUAAAAAAAAAAUAGAAAUGGAAUAUGCAAAAAGCACUGUGUUCUGAAAACCUCUGAACGGUCAAAUCUUGUUUUAGAACUUUAUUUUCUUGAUUCAUAACGAAGUCCGAGUAGCUGAAUCACAGUCAAAUUCCAGCGCCUUAAUCGACUUGACUUAGAAAAUUUCAGCCUGUCUGCUUUUUUGGUCAUCUCAGCGUUGCUUGAAGAUUUUCUUACUUGAUUUUGAAGAUUUUCUUUGAAUUUGUGGUGUCUGUGUUCUGGCCAACUCUUAGAAAUAUCCCAACCGGAAAGUUGAAUGACCUUUCGUCUCAGAAAGUUUUCGAUAAAAAGAAACACUUUUCAUUUGAAUUGAUUUAAUGCACUGUAAAAAAGUUCCGAGUAGCAAAUAGAAACAUUCAACACAAAAAUGAUAUCAAGAUCCCAACCAGCACAAAAAAUUAAGCCAGAAAAACUUUCACCCCUUUUUUACAUUUGAAAAAAGUCCUUGGCUUUUGCAAAUUGGAUCACACUACCAAAAAAUCAACACGAAGAAUAUUGUUAAAUAUAAUUUUCCAUAUUAUUCUCACGUUUCUUAGUGCAAGAAGUUUCCCACAUGAUUUAUAUUUUGUACAGAAAAACAAGCUUCCGAUGUGAAAAAUAGAUUGGUGGGAAUGUGUAACGAACGUUUCCAAACGUGAAGUCGGAAUAAAAUUACUUUCUCACGACCUUUUGGAUUUUUAUUACGAAAACCUGGAUACUUUGGACUUUUAAGCUGAAAGUAAAAAGUCCACUUUAGGCGCAAUACUCUGAACUUUUGGAAAACUUUUCAAAAGGCCUGUGGGAGGGGGGAGGGAUUGAUUGUGAAUGAUCGAAAUUUACUUCAUCGAACUAUUUCUGAAAAGAAGCCUGCUGGAAAUAGAAAUUUCGAUCUCUUAUCGUUGCAGGUUCCUAACAAAAAUGAAUAAUAUUCAGUGUGCUUGAUUAUAAAAACAGUGAAAGAUUGAAAGACACAUCUAAACUUUUGAAAUAAGAGGAGGCGGUGGUUUUUAUACCCACUUACAGUAAGAGUGAAGUGACGAAUUUAUGAAGCCAAUUGCGUUCUCCAAAUCCCUCCGGGCUAAAAAAAGCUUUAUCACGCUCAAGGGACGGGUCCUGAUGACAAAGUUGAUUCUCCCUUGACUAUUCAAACUCGUGAUUUUGAAAAAAAAAACAUGUUCUGACGGCGACUUGGCAAAGUUGCACUUUCAAGUUUCUCCUACAGUAAUAACAAGUUAAUUCUGGAGAAUUGCAAAGUUUCAGGGCAUCCUCGAUGAACUUCCAAAACUGCGAAGGCUUCACCUUGCGAGGAACAAGCUGAGGAAAUUACCUAGAUUGGCUACGAAACCAGCUCCUCUGAUCUCUUUGGAACUUCGCCACAACAAUUUGAUUCAUUUAAACAGCCAGGUAGACCACCUCAAAAAUAUAAAAAUUGGAUAACUUUUCAAGGCUUUCUCCAACUGUCCCCACCUGAUGCAACUAGAUUUGGCGAACAAUCUUCUGCCUUCGAUUCCGACUAAAAUCUUCAAAAAUAACAUGCAACUUAUGGAGCUUCAUUUGCAUAGAAACCCAUGGAACUGCGAUUGCAGGUCAGAAAUAAUUUUUCCUUCAACUUCGAGAGGUUUUCCAGAAUGAUCGAACUGAAAGGCUACUUUGCGAUGCAAAAGAAUUCAAGCGAAUCGGCUUGUUUCACGCCGCCUGACCUGAAGAAAUCACUGGUUCAUGAGGUUGGAUCUGAAUUGUUAGAACGAGCAUCGAAAAAAAAUGGUUCCAGGUGGAAAAUAGCAUGUUGAGAUGCACGCAACCGAUUGUGGAAGAAGAAUCUAGUGGAAUAACGUUGAAAUGUCCGACAGAAACUGAUCAGGGAGAUGAAAUCGUUUGGAUCGAAGGGUGGGUUCCUUGAAACUGAUCGAAUGAAGGAGGGAAAUACCGUAGACGGAUGAUUUUGCACAAUAUGUCACUGGGGCAAGUCAUUAGGGAAAUCAUUUACUAUGCAAUUACUAUUUUGAACUUUCUUGUUUUGAUCAUAGUAAAUUCGUCCUUUGUGAAAAGUGCUUCGAUGAUUUUUUUAAAAAGUGUUCGAUGAUUUUUUUUCCUGAUUUUUGGGCUUGGCUGAAAAAAUAAAAACGGUGAAUUUAUGAUAUAAAUCAUAAAUUCACCGUUUUUAUUUUCCCAUAAACGAUUCUCGUGAUUUUUUUUUUCAAUUUUUUGGAAAAUUUUCAAAUAAGUCACGAGAAAUUUCAUUGCAGAAAUGAAGAGCUGGAAACUAACGAGACUGUAGUCCGGAUUAGACCAGACAUGCUCCGACUUACCCCAGACUCAUUAGUGAGCGAAAUUUCCUGCACCGUUGAUAGGCUCUCGAGAACAAUAGUGGGUUAAUAGCGACAUUACGGAUAAAACAUUUGCUCAUUUAGGGAUACCGAGAGCAGCGACAAAUCCGGGUGCACCAUGGAAAAGCGCCGCAGUUCACUUUCAAACAAAAGGCGACGUCUGCCAGGGAAGGCGAUCCUCUGGAGUUGACCUGUGAAGCUUCUGGCGAGCCACAGCCAAAAAUGGCUUGGUUUCACAAUUCAGAGGUUGAGUAUAAUGCCGUGUUCACAGUAAUUACGGCGAUCUCGAAGUUGACGCGUUUUUGUUCAAAAUGCCUUAGCGAAACAGGAAUUCCGGAAAACCGUUAAAAAAAGUUGGGUCCCACAACGAUAAGGCGCGAAAAAACGAAAAUUAUCAUUUCAUUAUAUUUUCAAUUGAAAGUCAUGAAUAUUUCUUUCAACAAACAAAAUGAAAUAAACGAAAAGUCUUCCAAAUCAAAACAAAAAAAUUAUUUUUAUUUCAUGUUUCAAUUCCUAAACGGUUUUAGCAACUUAUGCCAUCAACCAAACACCAAUUUUCCAAAGGUGACUCCGUUCUCAAAGUGUUUCCCUUUUUGGAAAGUGAUGUUGGAAGGUCAGAACUUGCCUAAUUUCAGUUUGAACGAAAAAUUUAUUCAGUUAUACCUGUUUGGCAAGCAAUAUCCAUGGAAAAGUCGAGCAUUCAGUCAAAGUUGGACUUACAAGCAGGUAACUUUUAAGUUUUUUUUACCAUUAUAUCGGAUUUUUCAGUGAACCUCCAGUGAUUUUCGACGCUCCGAUGUCGACCACAAUGGAGAUAGGGCAACAAGUUUCAUUGAAUUCAAAAUAUUUUAUCGAAUAAGGAAAGUUUCAGAUUACUUUUCGUUGUAAAGCGCGUGGAGUUCCACUUCCAGAGAUUUCUUGGCUUUUUGAAGGCACCCGGAUCCCAAGAAGGAAUACUAGAUAUACUGUAAAAAUCAUCUUUAAUCGAGAAAGAAAGCGAAACUUCAGAUUUCUGAGGAUAACAUCGAGCUUACUGUUGAAAAAUUGACAAGACACGACGCCGGAGCAUACACUUGCCACGCCCAAAAUAGUGUUGGAUCGGCUAGUGCCAUGGCUCGACUAAAUAUCAGCAAUCAAGUGAUUAAUAAGGUGAGUUCCGAUUUGAGCAGCCAUGAAAAAAUAGUCAAUUCAGAUUGACGAUUUCUUGAAUGACACGACAGUGGUUCAAAUUGCUGAACAAGCUAGGAUCAAUGUUGAUAAGUAAGUGAUGUGUGCAUUAUCACUGGGGAAAAAUGUGUUCUCUUAUUCCAUUUUUCUCGUCGUUAUUAAUGUUUUGUAACUUGAAAUAUUAACUUAUCUUUCAAAAAUGCUACUUGAAAAAAUUUCAGAAAUUGAAUUGAUAUGGUUAGGUUUCUGGGAAAAGACCACAGAGAUCAAAUGAAUAACUUUUCCUAAUAAUGCUAGAUAAAAUGGACCGUAAGUCGUUUCUAGUCGGUCACGCUUCAAAAAAACUAUCAUGAUAAGAGCCAUUUUGAACUUAAUCGAGGGUUUUUUUAUUCAAAAAGUCUGAUUUGGUUUUCUGCAGUUUUGGCCAAGCUUUUCAAAAAAACUUGAAGCGAGACUAGAAUUUAUUAUAUUUCUUAUUCAGAGCUCUCCAAACAACGAAAGAAGAGAAGGCGAAGACAAAAAUGAACGAUCCGAACAAUUUGAGAUCGCUCUUCAAAUUUGCCGCUACUCUUGGGGUACGAAGUAGAUACAUCACUUCACAAACUUUCUAACUUUUCAGAAAGUAGACCUGGGAAAAGCUCGUGAGAUUUACGAAGAAAGCUUGCGUCUUAUUCAAGAACACAUUGAAAAUGGUACUUUUCUAGACUGAUGAUUUUCCAACAUGACAUUAAAGGCUUGGAAUUUUCCGCGUCAGGAAUAACACCAAAUGUCUCUUAUGAAGCAGUUUUACCUGUGUCGUUUGUUCAAACUCUGAUGGAGAAAAGUGGGUGUCAAACUGGGCAAUUUGUUGAAAGUUGCGAUGAUAUUUGUUAUCAUUCCAAAUACAGGUGAAAUUAUAAUUGAUGAUACAGAAGAAUUGUGAUUUAUUCAGAUCUUAUGACGGCCAGUGCAACAACUUUGAGCAUCCGCUUUGGGGAGUUUCCGAAAUGGCAUUUUUGCGGCUUCUGCCUCCGAGAUAUGAGAAUGGGUUCAAUACACCUGUUGGAUGGGAGAAAGGACGACUUUACAAUGGAUUCCCUCUACCCAAUGCAAGAAAGGUAAUCUUUGAAGCACAGAUUUGAUAUUUAUAUUCAAGUAACUCUACUAACAAAACCUGAAAAAAAGUUAAUAAAAUUCAUAAAAAUUAGUUCUUGCAGAUUUUGAGGGCUAAUCGUGCAGAAGCCCUUCGAAAGUAAUUUUUGAAAAAAAUUGUAAAAAGUGAAAUAAAAGAUUAAAUUUUUGUAUAGCGAGGAGAUCGAGAAAAACCUCAGAAUCUCUCAGAACGUACAAAAAAAAAUUACGUUUUAUUCAGAAGUUACAAUGUCCGAUUCUGUAAAAAACACCUCGAAUGAAAAUCUGCCCACAAUUUUUGGUAAUCCAGUUCUUAUUCAGAUUUCUCGAAAACUCAUCGGCACAGACGAAAUCACGCCGCAUACUCAUUUAUCUGCUAUGUUGAUGCAGUGGGGACAGUUCAUCGGUGAGUGAGAGUGCAGAAAUUCAAAUGAUGCACUUUGCCGCGCUUCCACGUACUAUACUCACUCCUUCCGCGCGAAUUUUUAAUUAGUUUAUGCUUUUUUCACUCAAUUUUUAUAAGGAAACAGUUUGAAUGAUUCUCAUUUUUCUUUUUUCAUGAAAAUGUCUAAAGCUUCUCAUUACCAAAACAUUCGGAUCUUUUUUGAUACUUUCAAGUUUCAGAUCACGACUUGACUUUGACUGCACCUGCUCUAACACGUCACAGCUAUCGCGAAGGAGCUUUUUGUAACAGAACCUGUGAGAAUUUGGAUCCCUGCUUCAACAUUCAGUUAGAACCUGAUGAUCCGAAGCUACUCGUGGCAAAGUUUGAAGAAGUUAGGUCACCGGAAAGAUAAAUUUCAUUCAGGAAUCAAAAAUACCCAUGCUUGGAGUUUGAACGAAAUGGCGCCGCUUGUGGCAGUGGAGAGACUUCGCCGAUAUUCCAAAGAGUCACCUACAGAGAUCAGCUGAAUGUUGUAAGUUCUCAACUCUUUUCAAGAUAAUACAUUUUUUACAAAAAAUUAUGUUAGUUCUAAAAUUUCAGCUUACUUCCUACCUUGACGCCUCCGCCAUCUACGGAAACACUGAAGAACAGGCUCUUGAGCUUCGGGAUCUCUACAGCGACCAUGGAAUCCUCCGUUUCGACAUCGUUUCUGAGUAUUUUUUUUCUUCUUUCUAAAAAAACGAUCGUGAUUUCACAGAGCUCAAAAACCAUACCUUCCUUUUGAAAAAGAAUCGGAAAUGGAUUGUCGCCGUAACUAUUCUGAAGAAAAUCCAAUCAGAUGCUUCUUGGCUGGAGAUCUAAGAGCAAAUGAGCAGGUAAAUGUUUCAAUAAACUUUUGAGAAAUUUAGCCGUCUUCAGCUCGGCCUCACCAGUAUGCACACGAUUUUCCUUCGUGAGCAUAAUCGAAUCGCUUCAAGAUUAUUGGAGUUGAACUCGAAUUGGGAUGGAGAAACUAUUUAUCAAGGUUUGUAUGAAAAAAAAGUUUAAAGUUUUCAAUAAAAAUUCCCCUAUUUUUCUAUUUCUUUUUUUCUGUACAUGGGAAGUUUUUCUUAUCAGGUGCUCAGAUCUAACUUAUCUAAAAAAAUAUAAUUUUAUAACAUUCAAUAAUUUCAGAAACCAGGAAAAAUCCUAGCGGCUAUGAUGCAGCACAUCACCUACAACGAUUGGUUACCAAAACUUAUUGGCAGGGUUAGUUCUUCAAUGUACCUGGUUUUUUUUUUUGCAACGAUGAUGUUCAAAAACUCUGUUUUCAAAAUCUUCUUGUAAAUAAUCCCCAACUUUUCAGCCGACUUUCAAUGAAAUCAUUGGCCCCUACAAAGGAUACAACCCGGACGUCAAUCCAACAAUUGCCAACGAAUUCGCAACUGCUGCUUUGAGGUAUUCAAUAAUUGUUCAAAAAGUAACUCAAUAAUUUUCUGCAUUUGUCAGAUUUGCACACACUAUGAUCAACCCGCAGCUGUUUCGGUUCGACAAAAACUUUGAACCCAUCAAAGAAGGAAAUCUCCCGCUGCAUAAGGUACUUAAAAACUGGAAUAUUCGCAAGUUCUCAUAAGAAUUUCAGGCUUUCUUCGCGCCAGAACGACUCUUAUCAGAAGGAGGAAUCGAUCCUCUACUUCGUGGUUUAUUUGCAGCGCCAAUCAAAAACCCAAGGCCGGACCAGAUUUUGAACAAGGAGCUCACCGAACGGCUUUUUAGCAGAUAUCACGAGGUGAGUUUAGAUAAAAGUUUUUAAAUCGGCUCUGAAAAUUUAUAAAAGUUUUCCGAAGUUUACAGACUCUAUUUGAAAUCUAUAUAAAGCAAAAAAGUUAAUUGUAGGUAGCCCUUGACCUCGCUGCUUUCAACAUUCAACGUGGAAGGGAUCACGGAUUGCCUGCGUGAGUAUUACUCCCCAUUUUUUGUACAUAGUGAGUAAUAAUUUUCAGUUGGACAGAAUACCGCAAGUUCUGUAACCUUUCCGCUCCUCAAACCUGGGAAGAUAUGACACCAAUCGUAAAGAAUGAAAGUGUCAUUGCGAAGCUUAAAGAACUUUAUGGAUCACCAGGUAUCAUAGAUUCUCAUUUUCACUUCCAAGAACGAUUCUCUUAGCAAAUAUCGACCUUUGGGUUGGUGGAGUCACUGAAAAAAGGACUCCAGAAGCAAUGAUGGGACCUACUUUGGCUUGUAUCAUUGCUGACCAGUUCAAGAGAUUGAGAGAUGGCGAUCGUUUUUGGUCAGUUUGAAGAAAGUUUUCGGAUUUUAAUUGAAGUUUAAGGUACGAAAACGAAGGAAUGUUCACAAAACUGCAACUCCGACAAAUAAAGAAAGCUUCAUUGUCAAAGAUCGUUUGCACUAAUGGUGAUGACAUCGAUCGCAUUCAGGUAAAGUUCGAACUUGAAAGUUUUCUUUUAGCCUUCCUUUCUUCUAGUACACUCUAGUUUGACUAUUAAUAACGCCAAGUUGAUUUUUUCCAAUUGUGAAACAAAAUGCUAUUUUUUUUCUCACAUUUAUACUUUUAUAAAAAUGUGAUUCCAGCGCGAUAUCUUCAUCUACCACGGCAAUUCGACAACGUUCUACGAACCUUGCGGAAGUCUUCCCGAAGUGAAUUUGAACAUGUGGGCGGCUUGUUGUGACUCUACGUGCCAUUCUUCCCUCAGUUCUGCAUCUGUUUCCAAGGCUAAGAAAAGGUACAGGUUUUCAAAAUUUUCAAGAAGCUUGACGAGAUCUUGUAGUAGACUGUCGAAAUUUUAAAGAGUCAUAGAUCUUGAUGUUAGAUUUUUUUCAACUUGCUACGAGUCUUUCGAAGCCGCAAUGACAAAAGCUUUGCUAGUUCUUUGAAGUUGAAACGAGUGACCGAAACAGUAACUUCUAAAAAGAGAAGUUUUCAGCGUAAUCAGAAGCGUCAAACCUUGAAGUCAACUGCUGACAGUAAAAAUAUAUUAAUUUCUGAGGUUGAGAGUUAUUGGAAAAACAAAGAAAAAAAAACAGUGGUGCGUGCAUCUGAAUUCUCCCCACGAAAAAUACCGUUGCGUAAUUAAAACAGUGAUGUUGGAUACUUCAAAGUAUGAAUUUCAGAAAGAGGCACACUCCAAAAGUCAAAGUUUGCGAUCUUGCGAAUGGAGAAGUGAAGAAACAAGGCGAAACUUGGAUGGACCACGACGAUCCAUGUGCUGAGUGCACCUGCAAGGUUCGUAUAUAUGUCUCACCUCUUCAUUUUUUUCGAGAUUUUUAGGAGAGCGAAGUUUGGUGCAGAGUGAACCACGACUGUCGCCGUAAAAACUUCCCCGAAGUGUAG